UUGCAUGAACCAAAUGAGGGACCACGAAGCUCUGUUUUGUGGCUCUUUGCCAAGCUUCGACGAACUGAUGGCGGUCAAAGCCAUCAUUCAACCGAAAAACGACGAUAAAAUAAGCACUAUCCAGCCCUUGUGUUGCAGAGAGUUGAUUUUUACGGAACCCAAAGUUCUUGUGUCACCAUUAAUGGAAGGAAGGAAUCAACUGUUUCUCAUAACUCCGAAGCCAACAUCUGAGUCUCCUCGAUUUCAAAAGCUAUUGCAAAGGCUGAACAUACAGAUUGCAGAACCAGUAACCCUGACAAGGAAUGUGUUUCAGUUUUGUUUUUCUUUCACAAUGAGACAAAAACUUGCACCGUGGUGGAACAAAGCUGGCGAAUUUCUUGUCCAAGGUCGAGACUUCAUGCUGGAAAAUUCAAAGCUAAAUGCAAUCUCUUUGGAAGUAACAAUUACCGACAAGAUUUCCAUUGGAUUGCAACCCUUUUCUCUCAAGCUAACCCCGUGCAAGCCUGAACAUUUCACCGCGUCAGUAAAAGCAUUAGAAGAAUUCCAAAGCAACCAAGAAACUCGCAUUAGUGACAUCGCUAUUUCUGACGACUUGUGUUUUGUGUUGCCAAGCCUGAAAAAAGGAAGGAUCGUUAGCAUAACACACCAACUUCCUGAUGAAUGCCCUUUUGCAAGUUACGAAGACUUACGAAAACAUUGGAAACUGAUGUAUGGAUACAGACUUCCAUCGGAGGAAAACGUUUUCUACAAUGUACAUUUCUAUUACAUCAAGGAGAAAAUAUUUACGUAUCCAGCCAGCUGUAUCCGAAGCAGCCAAGUGUUAGUGUCUUCUCGCUGUGAUCACCAAUUAAUUUUCAACUCUUUUUUAAGAGACAUUUCAAUGCGCAUGCAAACUGUAUGCGGGGCGCCACUGACUUUCACGUCUUCUCCACUUUAUCCAACGAGCAGCCUUAAACUCGCUUCUCAUGCAAACCACUCUAAUUUGACAAAGAAAACACCUCCUCAGUUCAACCAAUGUAGACCCUUCACUGUACAAGGAACAAAUACACUCGAGGACACUCGGAAACAAGUAGUCACAUCUUCGUCAUCUCGUUUGGUUUCGUCUCAGCCGACUUCUUACAACCCUGUCGUUCAACCCUCAACCAAAUCCAGUGGUUCACCAUUUCCACACCUUCCUUUAUCACCAUAUGUACCUUGCUUCACCAAAAAUAGUUCUGUUAGCAGCAUAUAUCAUGAUUCUGACUUAAUUACAGCGUCUUCCAACUCUGUUUCCCGGUUCACCGGCACACGAAUAACUCCAAUGUUUUCAAGGAAACGAGUACCGAGCCAUGGAAAGGAACAACAUACAGGAAACAAUGAAAAAGGGCACAAAACAGAUCUUAGAGGAGGAUGUACACCACGAGCAACAACGGUGCUCUCUGGAGUUCCAUCGAUUUACCACGCUGAUAAACCACAAAACAAUCUACUUUCAAAUUCAUCGCUAAUUUCCCGCCAAGCAAAAAUGAGGAAGACAGUGGGUAAUGAAUCAGGAAAUAAAACAACACGCUUGAGCCGCACCCUGCUCGAAAGCAGGAACAUUCACGCUGAAGAAAGACGAAGUAUGAGUGAUGCAGCAAAUGAAGAUAUUGGGGAAAGCGUUUUAAGCCAAAUAUGGGCGAUAGAGAAUUCACCGACAGAACUUUUUGAUGGGGCAUCAUUCUCUAGUCGUGACAUCUCCUUCGGUCACAGUUCACGCCACUCGUGUCAAGUUUCCAGGUCGUUACCUCAAACGAGACCUGGACUAGUAAUAACACAAGCAUCUAAACGCAGAAAUAUCGCGGCCUCCCCUACAGACACCUCAAGUUGUGGAUCAUCGUCAUCAUCAGUAACAGAAAAUGCGGGACCGGGCACCAGUCCCUGUCUGCUGAAUAAGCCUCGUUCUUCUCCUGUUCAGAUCAAUGACCUACCAAAUGAAGGCAUGCCUUCCAAAGGGCUUAAGUCAAAGCGGAAACUUCAGGAGAAUGUGGAUGUAAGAGAGAUGGCUAUAAAGCAACAGCUCCACAAGGUAAACAUGGUGACUUUGAUCGACUGGCUUAAAAAGCGAGGUGUCCCUGUGAAAUCUAAGGACAAGAAAGAAGAGCUGGCCAACAAAGUGAAGGGGUACAUUUCAAUGAUUGUGCAUGAACAAUAAGUAUCGAAUAACU